AUGGCUCAUGCAAAGAAGUUUUCUCAAAUUCCCAUGUCUAAGUGCAUGCGAGAUCUUUGUAAAGAGGAAGACUACACUUUCCUAAACAGUCUUGAGAAACCAGAUGAGAGUCCAGAGGAGAGCACGUGUGUGGAAAGUGAAUGUCAGGAGAAGCAAGAAGAAAGGAUCCGCCGUCAACAGGAGCGGGAGCAGCUGGAUCGAGAAAAGCAACGUGAGAUAGAGGAGCAGCAGAAGGAGAAAGACAAGCAGUGGAAAAGCCAUGUGGCCGAGCUGGCGGUCCAACGCAAGGCCAUCCGUGCAAAGCUAGACAGACUUCGAGAAUUUAGGGACUUUCAGAAGAAAGUUGUGCUUCAGGAUUUGGGUCUGGAUCCAGGUUCUGCAAAUGAAUCCGUCAAGCACCUUCUGAUGAGACUGUAACCGGGUUUAUGAGUAAAUAAUAAAACAAUUAAAGAAAUUAAAUUCAACAAUUAAAGAAAUCCUUUGGAAUGAAUAGGUGCCGUCAGAGCAGCUUCUAAAAACAUCACUAAAAUCCACAAGUAAUCUAGUCUGUCAUCAUUAACAUCUUGUGAAGUGAAAAGCUGCAUUGCUUCCGGCUAAAAUAUGAGUCUUCUGUCCAUAAAUAUUGCUUUCCAGUAAAAAAUAUGUCUUGCCUGAAUCAGGAGAGAAAUAUGCACAGAUCAAGCACUGUUUACAAGCAAAAACAGCUAUAAACAAAUAUAUGGUGGAUUUUGAGAGGACAACAGGGCAUGGAGUAAUAUGGAGUAAAAAUAAUUGAUAAUGGGCUUGUUUCUUAUAAACACACCUCUUUCUUACAAGAUGUUAACUCAUGGACUGGAGUGGUGUGGAUUACUUGUGGAUUGUUGUGAUGUUUUAAUCAGCUGUUUGGACUCUCAUUCUGGUGGCACCCACUCACUGGAGAGGAUCCAUUGGUGAGCAAGUGAUGUAAUGCUAAAUUUCUCCAAAUCUGUUCAAAUGAAGAAACAAACUCAUCUAUAUGUCAGAUGGCCUGAGAAUGAGAACUAUUCUUUUAAACAUUCUAUCAAAGCCUUAAAUUCUAUAUAUUGUUAUGCAGUCAUUAUAUAUCUUUAGAAGAUGUGUUAAUAUUUAAACCUGAAGCAAAAAGUGUGUAUAAAAUAACACGAGUGAAAUCAUAUCUCUACCUCUUCUUUAAAGGAACUAACUGUAGUGAGUUAGAAUAGAGUGAGUUAUGGCUACUUCAGUGUUCAAAAUGAUUAAAUAACAAACUCGCUGACU